UGACCCAACAGCCUCCAAGUCCCCCCUUUCAGAAGCACAGCACUAAGCAUUUGAAGCAAUGGAACCGGAAAUAUAGAACAACCGUCGCUGCACUCUCUCAAAACACAGAGAAGAAUCAGAAAUGACAAAACCAAACUCUUGCAACAAAGGUGGCAUGGGCAUGCUCCUAGUCUUAUUCCCCCAAGACAACAAAUCCACCAUUGCCGACAAACCCAAACUCAAUUUCCCCACUCCAUCAAAAUCCCUUCUCUCCAAAGCACAAUCCACAGUCUCAAUCUGCGCACUUCUUCUCUUCACCACCCUCCUCCUCUUCACCCUCUCCGCUAUCCCCAACACCCCUCCCACCAUUCACACACCCCUUUCUCACACCCACCAUUUCGCGCUUCACCGCAUGGGCACUCUCUACCGCAGAGGCACCACUUCCAUGAACACCCUCAUCGUCUGCCAUGUCUCAGACGAUACCCCCCUCGACCAUUUCCGCUUCUUCCUUAGACUCCUCCACAGGUCCUCCCUCACCGCCUCAUCCGACGUCGUUUUCAUCUUCCCCUCUCCCCCCUCCACUUCCAAAUUCGCCCCCAUCAUUCGCCAAGAGAAUCACGCAUUCUCUUCGCUUCUCCACUCCCAUUUCAACUCCACGCGCCCCAAAUCCACCUUCGACCCUAACCAACCCGUUUGGGGCAGUAAAAUUCGAGCCAAUUUAAGUAACCGCCACUCGCUGAGUUAUGGAUCCGUGCUGAGUUUCGACGCCACUGAACUCGACCCGGAGAACUCGCUCGCCGGGUUUCUCGACCGCGUUCCACUCACUCUCAGAAGGUGGGCGUGUUAUCCCAUGUUACUCGGCCGAGUUAGGCGCAAUUUCAAGCACGUUCUGCUCGUGGACGUUAAAAACGUGGUGAUUUUUAAAGACCCGCUCGGGCGAGUCCGGAAUCGGAGCCCCGACUCGGUUUUUCUUUUCGCCAAAGCAGAGAAGCGUAGCAGAAAGAGUCAGUUGACUCAGUCAACUCAGCGCCCGGUUCUCUCCGCCGUUGUCAUGGGCGGCGCUCGCGGCGUUCGGAGGUUGUCCAACAUUAUGGCGGUGGAGAUCGUGCGUGCCGCGACUCAGCACAAGAAGAAGAAGAACCCGGUGUCCGAGUCGGUGGUUCUGAGUCAACUCGUCGGCGAUGAGUUUAUUUUGAAGAGUAAAAACGUUAAUUUGAUCGCAUCCGCCGAGUCAAUACCCGAGGCGAGUUCACUCGCUGCACACAACUCAGGUGCUUCCACGUCAUUUUCUAGUUAUGCAAUAAUUCAACGUGGUGUGAAUAAUCACGACCUUAAUUAUGUCAUCAAGAAGCAAAUAUGUUCGUCCGAGGUGGAUUCUUCUGUCUAUAGAGAUUGUUAACACUUAGAAUAAUAAAUCACGGAGAAAAAAAUAAGAAGAAAAUUCAUAUUAUUAUUUUUUAUUAUAAAGUUUUCGCCCUAGUCUGACCAAUUUUGUUCCCACUAGUGUAUAUAUUCAUCUUGGAAUUACAUUUUUGUAUUGUUCAAUGAAAAAGUUAUGGACCAGUGUGUUCAAUGUUCAUGUGUGAAAAUAUGAAUGGAGCUGACAGAAGAUUUGACCAUGCAAGAGAUGCAGCCACCACGGAGCAUUGCAUUGCAAUAUUCUCUACUAAAUAAUAUUUGGUCAGGGUGUAAUACAAUCAGAACAUGUUUAAUUUAUUUUUUCCUCUAUAGUCAUUUAAAUAAUUUGUUUUU